UCAAAGAGGGAAGUAAGUGACUGCGCAGUGCGCACUCUAAAGUUCAUUCGCGAGUAGCAUGUGCUGUCUUACAAAACAACCUAAAUACGAAUUACCCUAACCAGCGAAAAGGAGUGAAUCGAGAUAGCAGCCACAAUGUUUCAAUGAAUUGACGUUCAAGGUGGAGGUCUUUAGUUUCGCCUCUCCAGAAAUACAUUAUGUCCCAAAAUAAAAAUGGAGAGAAACGGAGGCUUUCCAAAUGGUUGGACUAUGGCAGUAUCAAUGGGGAAGGACAGUCGGAUCCGUGUCCUACCUGCCAGGGCACAGGACGCAUCCCGAGAGGUCAGGAGAAUCAACUUGUGGCCGUCAUUCCUUGCAGUGACCAAAGGCUGAAGCCUCAUCACACGAAGCUGUAUGUGUGUAUAUCAGUGGGGCUUUGCCUCCUGAUCUGCUCACUGAUCCUGUUUUUCCUCUUUCCCCGGAGCAUGGAUAUGUCAGCUGUGGAACUACAGUCAUCCAUGGUCUAUUUCACUCCAGAUUCCGUUAAAAUUGUGGUCACGCACCAAAUGAACCUGACCAACCAAAACUUUGUCAGUAUCACAGCUAAUAAUCUUAGCGUGCAAGCGCUGAUUUUUGAGACUGUGGUAGGAAAGACCAAGUUCCCCAAUGUCACCAUACUGCCUCCUCGAUCACAGAAGACGAUUAAAGUUAUAGCUGACAUACUUAUUGAUGACACAGGCCUGAAUAAUUACUGCAAGUCAAGUGCCUUUCAGAUUCACACCUUAUUCUUGCAUUUGCAAUUGAAUAUCAAAGUCUUUUACCUGUCCCAUUCAGAGGAGAUGUCUACAGAUGCCUAUGAGUAUAUUGACUGUGGAGUGAAUUCCACUGUGCCUCAUCACUUUCCUCUUGUUUGAGACAAAACCAAUGCAGAUGUUUUAAAAACCCAAAUAGGCUGCUUUAAAGCACGGUUGCCAAUAUUUGCUAUAUAUAGUUUACUAAAGUCAGUUUAUGUGUGUGAAGACAGAAAUGUACAAUUUAAAUGUCACUGGAGUAAUGAGUAUGUUUUGUUAACUUGGAUCACUUUUCUUGUUUGUUGAUUUGUUAGUGUUUAUUAAAAAAACAUGUUUGUUUUUAAUUUGCACAACAUGAAAUUGAUAAUACUGUUCCAUUAGUUAAUGUAUUUAUUAAAAUGAACAAUCAAUGGACAAUACAUUUAUUACAGUAUUUAUUUACCUUUACUAAAAGUUGUUAUUAGUAUUUUCAUUAUUAGAUGAAUUUUGUUUAAUAAAUGCUGUACAAGUAUUGUUCAUUCUUAGUUCAUGUUAGUAAAUACGUGAACUAAUAGAAACUUAUUGUGA